AUGAUAAUAUAUAUUUGUAUCUAUGAAUAUCAGUCAUAAGUAUUUUUUAUAUUUAAUAAUAAAACAGAUGAAACAUCAUUACGAAAGUGAUGAAGAUGAUGAAGAAUUGAAAGUAAUGGAUUUCAAAAUUAUUAGAUUGGAGAUGUAAUUUAAGGAAGAUUCAGUAUAAGUUAGAAAAUUGGAGAGGGCUCUUUCGGGUAGGUUUAUAAAGUGAUAGAUCAGAAAAGUGGGGAUUAGGUAAUGGCAAUGAAAGUAGAAGUUGAGGAAGAAGAUUAUAGUAUGUUGGAGAAGGAAAUCAAAGUAUUGAUCGAAUUGAGGUAGACAGUAGGAUGAUAAAUAUUAGAAAAAAAACUGGCUUCCCUUAAAUAAAGUUUUAUGGUUAAGAAAAGAGAUUCACAUAUUGUAUAAUGACAAUGCUAGGAAAGAAUUUAGAAUCUGUAGUAAGAAAAUGUGGAGGCAAUUUUGAUUUGGGAACGUCAUUAAAGAUCGCAAUACAAGUAGGUUAAUGAUACAAUAUAUAGUUAAUAGAUGAUAGAUAGAAUUGAAACCCUCCAUAAUUGUCGCUUCUUGCAUAGAGACAUAAAACCUGAUAAUUUUGUACUUGAAGCAGGCCCAUCACCUAAAGUGAUUUAUCUAAUUGAUUUUGGACUUUCAAAACAUUAUAUUGUAAUUAGAUAUAACUAAUAUAGAAUUCAAAAGGGGAUCACAUUUAAUAUAUAAAGAAAGCAGGUUUGAUUGGUACUGCCAGAUAUGCUAGCAUUAGUGCUCAUGAUGAAAUGGAAUAAUCAAGGAAGGAUGAUUUAGAAAGUAUUGGAUAUGUAUUGAUAUAUUUGGCAAGUGGUACUCUACCAUGGAUGAAUCUAUAGAUUGAAUAGAAGGAUUUAAAAUAUGCAAAAAUCCAUUAUAUGAAGAAAUCAAUCAAACCAGAGGUAUUAUGUGCCAAAUUGCCAAGAGUAUUUAAUUUCUAUAAUAAAAUAGUGUUUCACAAAGUUCAUGCAAGAUGUUAGAGGUUAUGAAUUUAAAUAAUAACCAAAUUAUUAAUUAUUGAAGAGCUAUUUCUAAGAGGAAUUGGAAUAGAUUCAAAAGGAACGGAAAGGAUAAUUUUAAUAUGAUUGGGAGAAACUUCCUGAGUACUAAUAAAAAAAAAAGCAUCUUACAGUUCAUAUAAUGUAAUAAAGUAGCAAAGAGGAAAAAGUUAAUUUAGUUAAAUAAAAGGAACCACCUAAAGCAGUUCCUUAGACUUUCGAAUAAAUUAUGCAAGAUACAAAGAAAAAGAAAAGUACUAAAAAAACAAUUAGUCAUAAAACAAAAAAGAAAGAUCCUAUUAUGAUAAAUAUAGCAGAACCUGAAAUUCCUACUUAAAUGCCUUCUUUCGGAAUCUUAAAUCUAAAACCAUAUCCAUAAUAAAAUUCAUUUUUGCAAAUACCUUAAUUAAACUCAAGUGGAUUAAUAGAUUAUUUACCUUCGUUAAAUCCCUCGGUUGCCACAUCCAAAAUGAAUAAUUAUCAUCAAAGUGAAGAUGUAGUCAGUGAAGGUAGAUUGCCUAUCUGGGAAUUGGGAGAUGGUUAAAUUCCAGGAUUUCAAAAAAUGAUAGGUUAUGUAACCAAAGGAAUUAAAAAACCAAAUGCAGAAUUUCAAAGGAAAAAUAGAAAGGCUCAUACAUGUAUGCAUAAUAAGUAUUUUUAGAGAUUGAUACUAUAAAAAAGAUGUCUUAAAAUUUAGUUCAACCUAAAACAAUUUAAGGAGAUGAUGAAGGGAUUCCUGAGGGAUUAGAUUGA